UAUCGUGGUAUGGAAUUGCCUAGCCGUUUGGAUAAGGAACAUGAAUUAAAGUACAAAAUUGAAAUACUCUUUGAGUUUCCUCAACCAGGAAAUUUACGUAGAUCUAUGGCUGAUAUUGAUUUCUGUCCAUCAAAUGGCGAUAUCUUUGCAGUUGCUUAUGGUAUUUUCUCCUUUUCAGCAUCAACUGUUCCCAAAUCUGGGCAGGUAUGCAUUUGGAGCGUUAAAAAUCCAGAAAACCCUGAACGUAUAUACAAUUAUCCGUUACCUUGUACUGCUGUCAAAUUUUCACAAUUUUUGCCUUCUUUAAUUGCUAUCGGCUUAUACGAUGGUAAUGUGGAAGUGCGUGAUAUAACUUUUCCUGAUAUGCCUCCAGUCAGUGUUUCCAAUCCUGAAACAUUAAGUGGCUGUGAAAGUAUUGUGACAAUUAGAUGGAUUAAGAAAAAUGAGACAGAUGGUAGUGAUGGCAUUGACCCAUUUUUAUCACUUGCACAAGAUGGUUGCGUUACGAAAUUUCGUAUUGUUAGUGGACCAUAUCUUAUAUCAUAUGCUCAAAUGAUAUUAGAACGUGUAGAGGGUAAGGUUGAAGGAAUUCAAAUUCGAGAACCAAGAGAUGCUAUACAAUUUUCAAGUCAAAGUCCACAGGGCUUAAAUUUAACUGUACACCCAACAGCAGCUGAUAUUUACUAUAUAAUGACAGACGAGGGUUGUAUAUAUAAGUGCUCAACAAGCUAUGCACAUCAGUAUUUAGAUGUUAUUCGAGCACAUAGGAGCGCAGUUAAUAUGUUGGAUUUUUCACCAUGGUCACCAAAGGUGUAUCUUACUUGCGGAAACGAUUGGUGCAUACGUGUUUGGGUUGAGGGUAUCUAUAAACCACUCAUAACACUUAAAGAUCAGUUUACGCCAUUAAACUGUGCUUAUUGGAGUCGCACACACUCCACAAUCAUCAUUGCUAUAAAUCGAAAAACAGUGGAUAUAUGGGAUAUACGCCGUAAUUUACUGAAACCAAUAUCAUCCACAAAUUUGCAAAGCUCCUUCCAAACAACGGCAAAAAUAGCCAAAUGUGGGCAUUCAAUUGCGGUGGGUAAUGAACGGGGCACUACAAUGAUGUGUCAACUGGUUGACAUGCCGUAUGAACCUCAUUUCCAAUAUGAUGAGCUGGAGAAAGCAAUUUUCAAAGCUAUUGCUCUGCACCCAGAUUUGAUAAAUGAACUUAGAAAUAUUGGAUACUUCGGUUAUAAAAAUAAAGGACAAGUUUUACCACCAUAAAAAUCAAAAAUAUAUUUAUUUAUAUUU